AUGGUAGACUUUGCGGAGACCAUCGAAGACUGUAGACUGCUAGACCCGGGGUUUGAUGGAUCGGAGUACACCUGGGCUAAGAACGGGCUUUUUGAGAGGGAGGGCUUCAGAUUUCAAAACAUGUGGACUCGGCAUGAAGGAUUUUUGGACCUAGUCAGAGAGGUAUGGGCACAAACCUUGGAUGCUCACGGGCUACUUGGUUUCCAAAUCAAACUUGCCAAAGUUAAACAGUCUCUUAAGUGGUGGAAUAAGGAGGUCUUCGGGAAUAUUCAUGCUAACAUCAAGAUCAUGGAUGAAGAGAUUGCGGCAGCCCAGGCUUGGUUCGAAGAAGACCUCUCACCCGCCAAUAGGAUGCUAAUCAACAAACAUAUUGCGUCCUACAUUCUCUUCCUCAAGAUGGAGGAAGACUUCUGGCGGCAAAAAGCUGCUAUGAGAUGGCUCGUAGAGGAAGACAAAAACACUAAAAUCUAUCAAAGUUGGGUGAGGCAGAAAAGGAUUCGGCUGCGGAUUCACAAAGUUCAAGUGGAUGGGCGUGAGCUUACGGAUGAUUUGGAGAUUAAAAACUCAGCGGUAACUUUCUUCAAGAAUCUCCUUGCUCUGGAUGCCCCAGCCCUUGUUGAGAUGGACCCAAAUCUAAUUCAGCCUCUCCCCUCCUCGGCCCACCUUGAGGCUUUAUCCGACCUCCCGGAUGCGGAGGAAGUGAAGAGAGUGGUCUUUGACAUGUCGGGGGAUAGCACACCGGGUCCGGACGGGUUCUCGGCCAUCUUUUAUCAAUCUUGUUGGAGUAUUAUUGGGAGUGAUGUUGUUGCGGCAGUUCAGCAAAAAAAAAAGGAAAGAUAUUUUAGACUCGUAAAAGAAAACCAGAAAUCUAAGCCUCAAAGGUAA